GCACCUGGAAGGGUGAAGGCGAGAGAGGCAGAUGACGACGCUGAACACAGGCUCUGCAAGUUGUGUUGUGGUAGAACUGCUUGUUCAGAUGGCUGCUGUCUUCCUUACUACCCUGUGAGCUCCAUAGCAGGUUCCACAGUCAUCCUUCUGCCUUUGAGAAUCUGAUGUAUGGCAACUGUCGCACAGAUGCCCAGGAGGCUGAGGCAGGAGCAUGGCAAGUUUUCGGCCAUCGUGGACAACUUAACAAGACCCUGUCCAAAAAACAAAACAAGCCAGAAUCUCCAUAAUGAAUGGAUCCAGUGUGGCAAGUACAUCACCCAAUGUGAAAUGCAAGGAGGACCAAGGAUUAAAUGGACAUGAGGAAAAGGAAAACCCAUUUGCAGAAUAUAUGUGGAUGGAGAAUGAAGAGGAUUUCAAUAGACAGGUAGAAGAAGAGCUGCAGGAGCAAGACUUCUUGGACCGCUGCUUCCAGGAGAUGCUGGAUGAAGAAGACCAGGACUGGUUCAUCCCAGCACGAGACCUGCCUCAGGCUGUGGGACACUUACAGCAGCAGUUAAAUGGACUAUCAGUCAGCGACAGUCACGAAUCUGAAGACAUUUUGAGCAAAAGUAACCUGAAUCCAGAUGCCAAGGAGUUUAUUCCAGGAGUGAAGUACUGAGCUGUUGGAAGCUUCCAGAAGGACUUGUCUUGUCCCCGUACCUGGGGUCAGCAAUGCACAAAAAGGCAGAGCUGAAGGGGGGUGGCAAGGGUGUGUGGCCAGGGCGGGUUGGGUUGGGAAGGUGGUUUAACUGGAUACUGUGAGUAACUAAUGUGCGAGGUACUACUCUCCAAGCCCUCUGAACUUGGCUCUUCUGUUCUGCUGACUUGUUCAGAGCAGUUUCCCAUUUUAUUUUAUUUUUGAGAAGUUCUUUGGAGUUGUUUUUCCCUUGUAAGGAAUGUUCUGUCUGCAUUCAAACAAAAUAAGCUGACCAAGGAAAACAGUAUUUAAGAAGUAAUCUCCCUGCUGUGUACCUACCAGGAGCAGGGCAUCUGGAGAGCUUAGGGAGUUUGCAGCUGAGUGGUAAGAGGGAAGAACAGAACAGGAGAUGUAAACCAGAUGCAACACUCAGCUCUCCAACCCCUGACAUUUCCAUAGUGAACUGGGGUACCAGUGGCCCACAAAGCCCUUGUCUCCUGGCCUGAACUCUGCUCAAGAAAACACAGAUUUGGAAGUUCUUGGAUGAAUGUAACUUUGGAUGGAUGCAAGUUGUACAUCAGAAGAACAGGGCUGGAUGGUGUCUGUCAUUUCGUUGCUGCUGGCCUGGUGUUGAUCAUAGGUGUGUAGCUGUCACUUAUCAUUUAUAAGGUCACAUAGAGUCACUUUGUCUUCACAAUCCAUAUAGGGGCUACUCCUGGCUUCUUUCCCUCACAGCUCUAAAAGACACUGUUAGCCAAAGUCUGAGCCUUUCGUUGGGUUAGUUGCAUCUUGAAUCUUUUUGGACAGUUUUGUUUUCUUUUCCUUAGUCCCAUAAAUACCUGGCUUUUACAGUGUCUUAAUUCUCUCAAAGAUUUCUGUUUGCUUUUUUUUUUUUUUUUUUUUUUCCUUCAAGGAAAUACGUUUUUCCAAACACUAGUAAGCUGCUCAGCUCAGUUUGGGUGCUUCUCCUGCCUUACAGAGUGAUUCCCAGAAACUAAGCUACUAAGGAGUCCUGCCUGAGAACACAACAAAGCUCCUUGAAGCUGUUAAUGGGUAUUAUUGCUCCCACAAACUAGCUUUUUUUGUCCUCAUGGGCCUGGCUGGGUGUACUCUUAGUUCUCCCUGUAACUCACUAGGGUUUUGUUGAUACUUUGUGGAACUGAAUUCCACUGGGAGCUGCUGUUGUGAGUAGAGGUGAAGGUGGUAGUGUUGAGGGUGAAAGAACAAGUGUCCUGUCCUGUUCGUACUCCCAGGACAAGGGAUUUGGAGAGGCCUGAGAGUGCUGUCCCUGUGCUGUGUGUUAGGUCUGGAAAGAUCAUGUAGCUUCCAUUCUAUCAGUUCAGCAUGUGGAGGUGGGCAGAGACUGGAAGAACGAAUUGAGUCUGGAAAGUUGAAACUUUUCCCUUUUUAAAGAGCUAGUUUUCUGACUUUCCAUUUUGUUUUGGUUCCAGGGAUAGAACCCAGAGUGUCACUUUUGCCAGGUUAGUCCUACCCUUGAGCUGUUCUCAACCCUCCCUUGUUGACUUGUAAACAGCCCCAGCAGUUAAACACAAACUUCUCCUGUUUUUCCUGUUAAGUCUCAUAGGAUGGCAUCUUGUGACAGUGGCCUUCCCCCUUAGGUCACAUCAUAGUGAGUAGCUCAGGGAACUUGUAUGUCCAGACACAUUGACUCCCAAAGCUUCUUCCUCAAGAGAAUGAAACUAGGAACUCCUAGUCCUCUGGGAGGACUUUAUUCCUGCUUCAUCUUUUAGCUUGGCUUUUCACUUCUAAUAAGGAGAAGGGUAUGGGUAGGGCAUAAAAAGAUUCUGUUGCAGUCUCCACGAGGCUGAUGGAGAUCAGAAUGUAUCAGGAUUGCAGGAAUAUCUUUGAGAAUCUCCACCUGAAUGUAGUGCACCCUUCUUUGAGUACUUGGCUGGGAAGCCUAUGCAAGCCUGAGGUUUUGUUCCAUCCUAAAGUUUUGCCCUUUAGAAGCCAAGCUGCUAGGUGUGGUCCCAGAGCUGUGCUGACUCAUUUUACUUGGAUGUCAAUCUCUGUCUUGGUUUCGAGGGUGCAUUUGGUUACUACUACUAGAGUGCUGUUGGGUGUACCUGAAAGCAAGUGCUGGUGUGUUGGGUCCACCUCAGAGCAGCAUGCGGACUCCAGGCUUGGGAUACAGCCAGUGAGGUAGGUGGUCCUUAGUAAUAUGUAGAAUGACUUAUUCCUGUGACCCAACUCUCCUAUCAUUCAAAGUUGUGAAGUAGCAUAAUUGUGCCCCCAGACUACAGGCUCAGCCUUAGAGUUUGCCAGCUUAGCAGAAGAGUUUUGGGUUUUUGUGGGUUUUGUUUCCCCUUUGAGAAUUUUUACAGCAGUAGAAAAUGUUCUUAAUAGUUGCUGGUCUGGCUGGUCCCAGUCUUCAUUUAUUAGACUGAGUUCUAAUUGUGAUUAUUUGACUCUAUAACUUUUCUUUUGUGGAGGGGGAAGGAAUAAAGGAAUGUCUCUUCAGGCAUUUUGGAUGCAUAAGAAAUUAUGGAGGUAGCCAAAGCCUGGGUACUAGGGUACAAAGCUCAGGGUCUGGGGCCAGUUUCUAUCUAUAGUGUACCUGACUUUUGGUUGUCAUAUAAGCAAGCCAGAAAAUAGUCUAAAGAUUGGAUCUUUUUUAUUGAACUAAGAUCUCACAUGUGCUAUGCAAGCACGACACCAGGCUGCAUUCCAGACUUGUGAGAGAGGCUGGGUCUUGGGAGCACCCCUAUUUCCAAAGUCAGAAGAGCUAUGAUUGCUUCAUUAAGAUUGUAAGGCUAACCAUGUCUUAAAAAUAAAUGUUUUUAGUGAACUACUAAGCAUUUUCCAUAUUAUUGUUAUGUCAAGGGUUUAUUGUUUUGACUUUCAAGAGACUAAGAUGCAGGUAAACAGCUCUGCAAGUCAGCACCUUCAAUGAGUGAGCUGCGAAAGGGGGACAGCCAGAGUGAACCUCUUGAUUGGGGCUGUGGUAGAUAAGCAUGUGACUGCCUGGCUUCCUGAGUUUGUCCCCUGUUGCUAGAGGGGACAGAUCUCUUCAGUAAGAGUUUUGGUAUUACAUGCUAUUAGUCUAGGUUUAUAGGAUGUUAAGAAUAGGAGUUUGACUAGAAGUUGGAGGUACCCAUCUGGUGGAAAAGCUUAUCCCAGCCACUCUCCUCUGGGAGAGAGAGCAAGGGUGGGAGGCAUUAGUUUUAUCAAGUAGGGAGAGUAGAAAGGAUGCUGAGAUGUGAAGCAGGGACCCUGAAUGACCUGUCCAUUCACAAUUGCCAUAAGACUCGUUGCCCCCAGGAAUGGUCAGUUCUGGGAUAGCUCAGUGCAGUGGGUGUGAGCACCUUCCAAAAUCCAUUCUGCUACUUGGAGGAUGUCACCAGACUUAGAUAGGUCACAAUCUGGAAGGAGUGGGUUUCUUUUUCCCAUGUUUAAUCUUCCAAGAAGUCGCUGGUAGUGGUGAGAACAGACAGGAAUCUGCCCAGGGACACAUUAGACUACAUACUACCUGUCCUCUGCCUUCAUCAGCCAACACACUGCUGGACCCCAGACGUUUCUGUUCCCUGGGAGUCAGGACUAGGUCGUAAGACACACUGCUCUCUUCAAGAUGUCAAGCUUAGGAGCCACACUUCCUUCCCUGUUCUUGGGGAACAGGAAGAAAUUCAAUAAAAGUAUAAUUUAAAUGGAAAA